GGAGAAUCUGUAUAAAUACCAAAAGGUUCUGCGUAUUCCUCAUUAGAGUUUCAGUUUUACUGCUGUGAACAAGCAACUCAACGGACAAUAUGAAACUCUUCCUGGUCGCAUUCGCCGUGAUCGCAGCUGUGGCUGCUGAUGUCAGCCACCUGCCCUCCAACGAGUACCUGCCUCCCGUCCAGGAGCAGCAGAUCAUUGCUGGACCCAGCAACGAAUACCUGCCCCCUGUCGCAGCCGAGGCUGAGCCCGCCCAUGAGCUGGCUGAUGAUGGUUACCGCUACAAGACUCACCGCCGUGUGGUGCUCCGUCGUCACCGUCGUGAUGUGAACGAGCUGUCCAACGAAUACCUGCCCCCUGUCCAGGAGGCCGUCGCUCCUUCCAACGAGUACUUGGCUCCCAUUGAGGCUGCUCAAGAGACCGUUCUCGCUGAUGAUGGCUACCGUUACAAGACCCACAAGCGCGUGGUUGUCCGUCGUCACCGUCGUGAUGUGAACGAGCUCUCCAACGAAUACCUGCCCCCUGUCCAGGCUGCCGCUCCCUCCAACGAGUACCUGCCCCCAGUUGAGGCUGAGGCUGAACCCGCCCACGAGCUUGCUGAUGAUGGCUACCGUUACAAGACCCACCGUCGUGUGGUCCUCCGUCGUCACCGUCGUGAUGUGAACGAGUUGUCCAACGAAUACCUGCCCCCUGUCCAGGAAGCCGUGGCUCCUUCCAACGAAUACUUGGCUCCAGUUGAGGCUCCCGAGACCGUUCUCGCUGAUGAUGGUUACCGUUACAAGACCCACAAGCGCGUGGUUGUGCGCCGUCACCGUCGUGAUGUGAGCCACCUGCCCUCCAACGAGUACCUGCCCCCUACCCAGGCUGUCGCUCCUUCCAACGAGUACCUGCCCCCAGUUGCCGCCCCCGUCGAGGUUGCUGCCCCCGCUCCAGUCCAGAUCGCCGCCCCUGUCCAGCUUGCCGCCCCUGCUCCCGUCGAGGUUGAGGCUGAGCCCGCCCACGAGCUUGCUGAUGACGGUUACCGUUACAAGACCCACAAGCGCGUGGUCUACCGUCGCCACCGUCGUGACGUGAGCGAGCUGUCUAACGAAUACCUGCCCCCAGUUGGUCCUUCCAGCGAGUACUUGGCUCCAGUUGAAGCUGCCCCAGAGACCAUCUUGGCCGAUGAUGGCUACCGUUACAAGACCCACAAGCGCGUGGUUGUCCGCCGUCACCGUCGUGAUGUGAACGAGCUGUCCAACGAAUACCUGCCCCCUGUCCAGGAAGCCGUGGCUCCUUCCAACGAGUACUUGGCCCCAGUUGAGGCUGCCCCCGAGACCAUCUUGGCCGAUGAUGGCUACCGUUACAAGACCCACAAGCGCGUGGUUGUCCGCCGUCACCGUCGUGAUGUCAACGAGCUGUCCAACGAAUACCUGCCCCCUGUCCAGGAGGCCGUGGCUCCUUCCAACGAGUACUUGGCUCCAGUUGAGGCUGCUCCCGAGACCAUCUUGGCCGAUGAUGGCUACCGUUACAAGACCCACAAGCGCGUGGUUGUCCGCCGUCACCGUCGUGAUGUGAACGAGCUGGCCAACGAGUACCUGCCCCCCGUGGAGGCUGCUCCCGCCGCCGAGUACCUGGCCCCCGUGGAGAACACCGUCGAGGUGGCUCCCGCCCAUGUCCUGGCUGAUGAUGGCUACCGCUACAAGACCCACAAGCGCGUUGUGAUCCGCCGCCACUAAAUCAUGCGAUAACGGCUUCACUAGGUGAUCGAUUUGUGCUCAUUUUGGAGUGCAGACUUUACUAUUAGAAUACCUACUUUUCAUUCAAACAAAUACAAUAAUACGAAUCCAUAAA